AUGACUGAUACAAAAAAAAUACUGCUUGAUUUCUUAGACACAGUGUUAGACGAUAGGGGCUACAAACAAAGAGAUGUUCACAUAAAUGAAAUAAAAACAGAAGGUAAUAAUUAUACGUCCGCAUUGUUUACAGUAAACGUAAAAACAGAAGAAAAGGAAUUAAAACUUUUCGCAAAGGUUGCUCAGAUCGGCAAAGAGAUGAGAGUAAUAGCGAACGCAGACAACCUGUUCAGAACAGAGAGAUUCGUGUACAACAAACUUGUUCAUAUUUAUAACAAUCUCCAAAAGCAUUUAGACGAAGAACACAAGUUCAUAUUUCCUGAAUUCUACGGAGUUAAUAGUGAGUACGGUAAGGAAACAGUCAUACUGGAGAAUCUAAAUGCAAGUGGGUACAAACCUCACAACCGUUUAAAAUCAAUGAACUGGGACCAAGGCAGAGUUGGUGUUGAAUCAUUAGCACGGUUUCACGCGUUGUCCUUUAAACUAAGUCAAAGUGAUCCAGAAGGUUUUGCCAAAAUAGCCGAUGAUAUGGUUUACAUUCUCAACACCGCAUCAGUGAAUGAAAAUACUAUUAACCAAUUCAUUGAAAUGGUUGAGAACGCUGUUAAAGUUUUAAAACAGGAGCAUCGAGAGAAAGUCAGGAACUUCAUGUAUAGACCUGACCUGUAUGAAAAAUAUAACAAACCUCUCAGCACACCCGUCUUAGCUCACGGUGAUUACAGAUUAAGCAACAUGUUGUUUAAACGUAAAGGUCAUGAUCUGAAUGCUGUAGUAGUUGAUUACCAGACUCUUCACACGGGAUGUCCUGUGUCAGAUCUAUUCUAUUUUAUAUUUACGGGCUCAGAUGAACACUUUCGCCGUCUGUAUUAUAACAAACUAAUAAAUCACUAUUAUACGAGUCUAGAAGAAGCUCUCAAGAGGUUGGCUGUAGAUCCUGUAGAAGUGUAUCCGAGAGAGAACUUUGAAAGUGAUAUGAAACAGCUAUUACCCUACGUUGUACAAACCGCUGUAGUCACAUUGCCAAUGGUAGUAGUGGAAGCUGAAUCUAUGCAGAAAUGGGAUACUGAAGACGCUGAUUUUUCUUCAUUAGUUUUGAAACCUACUGCUUUAUUUGCUCAAAGGUUUACAGGAAUAAUAAAUGACUUAAUAAGAUGGGGCGUUAUAUGA